CCAAUAGGGAGCAGAAAUCUCUAGGGGUUGUCAACAUCAACUCCACGUCUCCUCUCCGCUCAUGGCGGAGGCGUUGGCGAUUCGGGCGGCUCUAGGGCAUGCGGUCUCGCUCAACAUCAACACCAUCUGGCUCCGGUCAGACUGCAAGGGAUUAGUACAAUCCAUCACCACGAAUCAACGAUCUGUGGAGCUCUACGGGGUUCUUUCAGACAUUGAGUCGAUCGUCGCCUCUUCUUUUUCUUUUUUCUACGCAUCGUUUGUUUCUAGAUCUGUAAACGGGCCUGCUGAUGCUUGGGUUAAAAAUUCCCUCUGUACCAAACUCUCAGUGAUGGGCUCGGGCCCUCACUAGAUUUUUCUCCUCUCUUUAAUCAGAUUUCAGUUAGCCCAAAAAAAAAAGAAGAAGAGUUGUCCAAGAGUUUUAUUUAUUCAAACUUUUAUAUUACGUAUAGCAGAAAAGAAAAUUGAGACAGUGGCCGUAUUGAAAGGGUAACAACGAAUUAAUAUUUCAACUCGGCACUGGUACGUUGACCGCCUUGACGAAGACUCUCUAUAUGUGAACAUGAGGAUGAGCUAGUAGAUGAAUCCUCCACCAGAAACAAAUUUCUCAUUGACCUUUAUAUUUUCUUAAGCAAAUAUAACAAUUAACAUAGCCCUCAACUCCAUUUCAUAACAAUUAUAAUGAAAGACAUUGCUACUAUUUUCCUCUCUAUUUCCCUUCUUUUCCAAACUCUCAACGGAGUUAAAGCCGGCUUCCUCUGCGUAGAUGACACCUUUCUCGCCAACAGUAGCUAUGGCCAAAACCGCGACUCUCUCUUCUCCUCUCUUGCUUCUCAAGUCAUCACCAACCGUGGAUUCUACAACGCCUCACUCAAUAGUGUUCACGCUGUUGCCCUCUGCAGAAGAGGAUACGAGCGGCAAGCUUGUAUCAACUGCGUAGAAAAAGCCAUUCGAGUGAUAAAAACAAGUUGUUCUGAUCGCAUGAAAUCGUUCGAUUGGGACAAUGAUGAUGCAGACCAGGUAUCUUGUCUUGUACGUACCACAAAUUAUUCAACUUUUGGGAAACUCGGUCUUGGACCAGCUACGCGUGACAUAAGUCCCCUCGAUAUCGACUCAUCCACCAAGAACAUGACCCUCUUCCGCCAAGAAUGGGAAGAAACCGUUAACCGAACACUCGAGGCUGCAACCGUCAACACUUCUGUAUCAGUUCUCAAGUAUUAUGGAGUAGUUAAUGCGGAGUUUGUGGAGUUUCCAAAUGUCUACAUGAUGAUGCAAUGCACACCGGACAUAACUUCAGGCGAGUGUAAGAGAUGUUUGGAAGAGUGCGUUACGUAUUUUCGAGAUAUGUUUUGGGGAAAACAAGGAGGUACAAUUUGUCGACCGAGCUGUCUUUUCAGGUGGGAUCUUUACGCCUUUUAUGGUGCUUUCGCUAAUAUAACAAGAGUUCCUGCCCCUCCUAGACCUUUUAUUCCUGAAGCACAAGCAAUAUCUGUUACUAGCUUGAAAGGAAAAAAUAUUGCGAUAGUUGUGGUUCCUAGCGUACUUCAUCUUUUUGUGCUUCUUGGUCUGAUCAGAGCUUAUCGUCAGUUGAAAAAAUCUAAAGACGAAACCAGUGUCUGUGCAGAGGAGGACUGUAUUUCCGAUAGUCAGUUUAUGCUGCGGUUCGAUCUAAGCAUGGUUCUACUCGCAACUGGUGACUUCUCCCCUGAAAAUAAGAUUGGGCAAGGUGGAUUUGGAUCCGUCUACAAGGGGAUAUUACCCAGCGGGCAAGAAAUAGCCGUAAAGAGAUUAACAAGAGGCUCAGAGCAAGGAGAGGUUGAGUUCAGGAAUGAGGUCUUACUCUUGACAAGACUCCAACAUAGGAAUCUGUUAAUGUAAGACAAACAAGCUAUGCUAUGUAGAACACACAGUAGUACAGGGUUAUUCAAAUCCAAGAAAUACGACUAUAUUUAUUCU